UGUUAAAAAUAAAAAAUUUAAAUAUUUCAAAAUAAAUAACGAGUUUUGUAAGAGUGCCACCGGGCAGGAUUCACCUGCGACCUCAUUGUAAGUUACCACGUACAGGAGCUCUUUCACUGAUGUGAACAAGCGGGGCGACGACUAAUGCUUUCUCUUUUAUCCUUUUAGAUUGUUUAACCCCCACCUAAGCGUUUUAAAUGCUCUAGGUAAAUCAUUAUUACAAUAAAUGAAGAAUUUAAAAAAUUAAUUAUUUAAACACAGAAUGCACACCUGAACUAAUUGCUUUGCAAUCCUCUCAAAUUUUAAAUAAUAUUUUUCGAGAUGAUUUAUAUGAUAAACAUUUAACACCUGAUCCAUUAGGUGUUAAUGUUUCUAUUGAAUUAGCCCUUCAGACAUUUUAUGAUGUCAGUGAAUUAAGUGCAAGUUUUACGGCGGAUGUUUUAAUGAGCCAAAUAUGGUUGGAUCGUCGAUUGCGUUAUACUCAUUUAGGAAAUUGUAUUGAAAAUAUGACAUUAAGUUCGGUAAUUGUUGAAAGAUUUUGGCAGCCAUUUGUUUGCUUUGUGAACAGCAAAAAAUCGGAACUUCAUGUUUCCCCAUCUCCAAAUACUUUUGUCUUAAUAUAUCCCAAUGGAACUGUCUGGAUGAACUACCGUCUUAGGGUUGAAGGCCCUUGUUACGUUGAUUUAUGGCUUUAUCCCUUUAACGAGGAAGAAUGUGAACUAGUCCUUGAAAGUUAUGCUUAUAAUGCAGCUAAUGUUUUCGAAUAUCCUUCACGAACUAAACCACCAGAUUUUAUGCUUAGCGAAAUUCGUUGGGCCAAGCAUUCUUUUAUAUACGCAGCAGGAAAAUGGGAUCAGGCAUUUAUUAUUUUUAUAAUUUAAUUUAAAUUUAAAUAAAAUUUUAGUUAACAGUAAAUUUCUUGUUGACUCGC